AUGCCUGGUCUAAUCUUACAAUCUGGACCUUCAUGGCUUCCAUCCCCCGAUCAGUUAGGCUUGGCAGUUGCCAGAUACAACGAGCCCCUUGACCCUUGGGCCGAAGUAGCGUCCAACACAUACCUCUACGCCAAGGCGAACAUCACCCAAGAUAGCGAUAAUGUAUCGCACGAUUCCUUCCGCCUUUACGAGCAAGUUUCAAAUGAAGGUCGAGAAGGCCAGACAUACUGCCACCAUAUCUACAAUCAGUAUGACUCGCUUGAGCCCAUCGUGAUUUUCUCUCAGGCAGACCCUUUCGAUAUGAUCGGUCCGGAAACAAACACCCCUCAGCAAAUGGUAGAGAAAGCUCUUGAACCCCCAGAGCCUGAAUACGAUCCUGUGACAAUCUAUAACCACGACCUUCUUCAUGAUCUGGCGCAAUGGGGCAAGAUCAACUGGUCCUCUCCGGAUGGAUCGUACUGGAUCACCCCCAGUCAGCUCAAAACUCUUACCUACGCUCCGUACGAUAUGGCGACUUUUUGGAAAAUCAUGUUUGGAGUUGAGCAUCCUGCUGCGGUGAAGGUGUUGCAUGGUGCUAUGUUUGCGGUGAGAAGGGAGGCGAUAUUGCAGCAUCCGAAAGAGCUGUACAAUAAUUGCCUGGAUCAGUAUGCCGAUGCAGGAAAGGCAGCUGUAAAUCCGGAAGUGAGUUUCUUCAUGGAAAGGAUAUGGCUUGCCUUGUGGGGUUCGCAAUUCUGGUUAUCAAAUUCGUCAACAGCUGAGCGAUUCUCCUAG